AUGUCCAGCAAAGUUGAAAUUCAAACCAACCCGGCUACUGCAACACCAUCUUUGUCACCACCAUCUUCAUCAGCAUCAACAUCAGUACCGCCAUCGUCUAACAAAUCCACUACCACCACGAAGAACAACGACAACGACAACAACAAAACAUCAGCACAGCAAGAUGAAGUACCUAUGAAACGUAAAAAUUCAGCAACUUCAAAUGGAUCCUCUGCAUCUACAACACCUCCAAAACGUCAUAGACCCAUGUCAUUAAAUCUUGGUGUUCCUGAUAAUGCUGAUGUCGCUCUUAGAAUUGUUAGUCCUGGGUUACCACCCUUAAUUAAUGAAUCAAUGAAGACAACGGUUCAGCUUCUGAAACAGAUUCAACAACAACAAAAAAAUCUAAUCGCAGCUAGACAUGGCAAGGAUCCAGAGGAUGAGGAGCAUUCUCAACCACAAGCUCAAACUCAAGCACAGGCGCAACAACCAACAUCAAUAGCUAUUCCUGCUUCUGGUAUUCCUAUACGGCAAACAGUUCAAUUGCCUCCUCUUAAUCAAAGACCAGCUCCUAAAUCCCCAGUCUAUGCAUCUGAUGAUUCUGAUCUUAAUCGUUUAUCAAAUGUUAAAAAAUUGAAAAGACUGAAUGUCCCCCCACCAUUGAGUAUUGGUGACAGUUCAGGCAGUGGUACUGGUAAUAAUAGCAAUAAUACUAAUUUGCGUCCAUCAAUUCAUUCUGCGCCAAUAAGAUCAAGAGCACCAACAAGACCAACUCCAAGAGCUAUUCCUCCAACAAGAAUAGUGCCACAAAUCGCCAUACCUCCUCAACCCCAAUACUAUUAUGUUUCAACUCCAUAUCAACAAUAUUAUCCUGCACAAAUUGUCGGGGCAACACCAACACAGCCAGUUUUCCAACCUUUACCUAGAAGUCAAUUGCGUCAAGUUAAUCCAAGAGUAAGAAUGAUUCCAUUGAGUUCCACCACAACACAUUUUGGAAGAAGAACUUUGCAACAAGGACCAUCACAAUUACCACCAGGUGCCAUAUUACAACAACAACAACAACAGCAGAGUUUACCUCUACAACAACAACCUCAACAACAACCACAAUCACAACAAGCGAUAUCUUUACAAUCAACAGCACCAAAACCCAAACCAAAUGCAGUUACUGAUGUAUUUCGCGGUGAUUUCCAUAAAGCUGCUCCAUUGCAUAGUCAGCCAUUAUCUGCUCAACGAGAAUAUUUUGAAAAUUCAGUACAUGACGAACCUCCUCAAAAAUCUCAAGUUAUAAGCAUUGCUGAAUCACAAGAAAUAUCUGGAAGUAUUACCAUUAAUGGAUCAAAUGUUUUCAAUUUUAAAAUUUUCAACAAGAAUGAGGAAGAAAAAAGUAAUGAUAAUGAAGGGACUUCGAAAGAUAACACAAGCGGGAAGAAACAAGAAGGAACUCUAGAAAAGGAGGAAGAACCAACAGAUGAAGAAGGGAAAGGAGAGUCAAAUGUUACAGAAGAAAAGACUCAUAAAUCUACUAAACUGGAAGAUCUCGAAGAAGAUAAUAAAAAGAAAUUCUUGAAAAUAUGUGAAACUUGCUGGGAUCAAGUGUUUAAUAAACGAGAUGAUUAA